AUGACAAAUCGGAAUGUCCUGGAGAAGACGCGUAGCUGCAGUAUAACAGCCAUCUUAAAGCAACGUCGUCUCCGCUGGCUCGGUCAUGUCCACCGAAUGGAUUCUGGGAGGUUGCCACGCCAAGUGAUGCUGGGACAGAUCGCUGAUACCAAACGACCAACUUCGUCAAGGACACCUCCAGGACACCUGCAAGUACCAUCUUGCCGAGGACACCUCCAGGAUACCUGCGAAGACGUCGCGUGCAGCAUUCUACGUGAUAUUUCGACGAAUUUCGGCCGAGAACUUUGGGCUGCAAGAUCAACCUCGUGGCGAAACAACCCAGAGGACAUCUCCAAGUUGGAGCUCGAGGAGCUAGCGGACGACGCCGAGGAGCGAUACAACGAGCGGAGCCAGCUCGAGGGCCAGUACUACGAGCUGGUGUCGCAGGCGCGCACCCUGCUGGAGGGCCAGCUCGACCCUGCGCACAACCAGGUCACAGAUGCCAACAUAAAGCUGCUGCCAAGAUACCAGCGGGUUGAGCAGAUACGACAACAUUUUUGGAACCGGUUCUCUAACGAGUACUUGUCUUUGCUACAGCAGAAAACCAAAUGGCACCGGUCUUCUCCAGAGCAGUUGAUGGAAGGGACGCUGGUCCUAGUAAAGGACAGAACGAUGCCACCACUACUCUGGCCACUGGGACGCAUCAUCAAGGUCCACCCGGGCACUGAUGGCAUCACAAGGGUCGUCGACGUCCUCACCAAGAAGGGCACCAUACAGCGAGCCUACAACAACAUCUGCCCGCUGCCAACUUCUUGAACACAGCGUUCAACCCGGGGAGCAUGUUCGAGCACCGCGUCAUCAUAAUCAUUCAUAAUAAUCAUUCAUUCAACUAUUUACUUCAUUCAAUCUG